GAUUUGGCCGAUCUUUGGUGGAAAGUGUGUUACGAUGACAUCAUAUUCCCGGAACAUGUGAUCAAAAGUAGGCAAAGCGGUGGAAAGUCUGUGCUAUCGUUGAAUCCGUCGGAAAUCGACGAAUACGCGGCCUCUGGUAAGGCGUCGACAGCGAAGGUGCCAUCGGUUGUCAAUUCACUGAUCAGCGCCGCCGGAGUUAUUGACUCAGUUCUGAUCGGCGUCUAUAAAGGCAUCAAAGUUGCGGUCAAACCGCUGAACGUUAAGCGCAUAAAUUUGAGCCGAGAAUUACUACAAGAAUUGAAAUUUGUAUUAAUUUUAAUGCCUUUUUUAUACCAUAUUGUUAUCACCCAACUAAUGAUCGAUACCUUUCUCUUCUCCACAUUUCUUAUUGUCAUCUCUAAGCAGAUGCGAGAACUGACUCACGAAAAUUUGGUCAGAUUUGUGGGUUUGUGUCCGGAGGACAACAAUCCGGCCGUUUUGACAGAACUAUGCAUUAGAGGCAGUCUUCGGGAUCUGUUGGAGAACGAGAAGAUUAACAUCGACUGGAAUUUCCGAUACUCAAUGAUGACGGAUAUCGUGGAGGGCAUGAUAUUCCUCCAAAACAGUUGCCUCGACUUUCACGGGCGGCUUAAGUCCACCAAUUGUGUGGUCGACGGGAGGUUUAUGGUUAAGAUCACUGAUUAUGGCUUAAGAGCACUGCACGAACAGGUGCUCCAGGAGCAAGACGUUAACCCACGAGCACUCUUCUGGACAGCACCGGAGCAUUUGAGAGCAAGAGAUCCGUUAACUUCGGGUUCAAAGAAAGGCGAUGUCUAUGCGUUCGCUAUAAUACUUCAGGAGCUGAUCACUCGUUGCGGACCAUUCGAGUCGUUGGAGAGAUUGGGCCGAAAGAGGAUUAUAUACGAGCCAAACGAAGUGUUGGAUCGGAUCCGUAUGGGAACUGUACCGCCGUUUAGGCCGGAAGUGGCGCCCGACGAGUGCUCCAAAGAGUUGCUGAAUCUGAUGCACGAGUGUUGGUCGGAGUCGGCGAACGGACGGCCGGACUUUUUGCAGAUCAAGGUGAAACUGCGCAGGAUCACCCAGGGCAUCACCAGCCGCAACUUCCUCGACAAUCUGUUGAAACGUAUGGAACAGUAUUCCCAAAAUCUGGAGCGCAUUGUCACCGAAAAGACCGAAUCGGUUAUCGAAGAGAAGCGCAAAACCGAAGAACUGUUGUAUCAAUUGUUGCCCCGAUUUGUGGCCGAAGAGCUGAAGAAAGGCAUUCACAUCCAACCCGAGAGCUUCGAAGCCGUCACUAUAUUCUUCUCCGAUAUCGUGGGCUUUACAUCGCUUUCAAGCAUUUCUACGCCUAUGCAAGUGGUGGAUCUUCUCAACGACUUGUACUCGUGUUUCGACGCAAUCAUUGACAUCUAUGACGUUUACAAAGUGGAAACUAUAGGCGACGCAUAUAUGGUAGCCUCAGGUCUGCCGAUCAGGAAUGGCAGCGAACACGUCCGAGAGAUCGCACGCCUGGCUCUCGACCUCCGGAGGGCCACAAAUGCGUUCAAAAUCAGACAUUUGCCUAAAAGGAAACUCCAGCUGAGAAUUGGUUUCCAUUCGGGUCCCUGUGUUGCCGGAGUGGUCGGUCUUAAAAUGCCUAAAUACUGUCUCUUCGGAGAUACUGUGAACACGGCUUCAAGAAUGGAGACAAACGGGGAACCGCUGAAGAUUCAUAUAUCGGAAGCGUCGGAGAAACUAUUGAAAAGUUUUAAAACUUUUGUGAUCGUUCCGCGCGGAGAGGUUGAGAUUAAGGGAAAGGGAAAGAUGACUACCUAUUGGCUGGAAUCGGAGAACCAAAAGUUGACGCAUAAUAACAAUCAUCAUGACUACAAUGACUUUAGACCAAUUCAGGAUCAGGUGCAGAAUAUCACCCAGGGCAUUCCCACAAUCGAAACAUGAUUUGAUUGGUAUAAACAGUGAUUUACAAUUGGUUUGUUUGGUACUCGCGAUUGC